CCUACACAAAAUUAGGCCUCCAACUCUCUCUCUCUCUCCCCCAAAUCGGCAGAAAUCACUUCACCCGCCCCAACCACCGCCCUGCCUCGCCGGCGCUCCUUCCGCCCUCUUCCCGACACUCUGCUCCGCGCUCCGUCGUCUCUUGCCAGCCCUAGUUCCUGCCCUGAAUCGCCGGCCCCCCAUCCUUUCUCGCCGGCGACACUCCUUCCGCCUGCCUUGCCGUCCAACCUCGGCCCCUGUCUCGCCGCCGCUUCACCACUACCGGCCCGGCUGUUUAAUAGUACAACUUUCUUCACAUUCCCAAGAUUCAAUUUUUUUUGUUGUAAUAUGAUGGUUGUUCAACUUGUAAAUGGGAGUAUUUAUUAAGGGGCGAGGAAGCAGUGUAUAAAAAAGGAAAAAGAAGGAAAAGGAGAGGAUUUAGGGUUUUGUGGCUGAAUUGAAAUUGGAAGGCUCUGCAAUGGCGUCUGCAUCUUCAUCGUCGUCGGGCCCAGAGAUCCCAUGGGUGGAGAAGUUUCGCCCCACUAAGGUGUCUGAUAUCGUCGGCAAUCAAGACGCUGUCGCCCGCCUCCAAGUCAUCGCCCGUGAUGGCAACAUGCCCAAUCUUAUUUUGGCUGGUCCUCCUGGAACUGGUAAGACUACUAGCAUAUUGGCUCUUGCUCAUGAGCUCCUCGGCCCAAAUUAUAGAGAGGCAGUCUUGGAGCUAAACGCAUCAGACGAUAGAGGAAUUGAUGUUGUGAGAAACAAAAUAAAGAUGUUUGCCCAGAAGAAAGUUACAUUGCCCCCUGGAAGGCACAAGAUAAUAAUUUUGGACGAAGCUGACAGCAUGACUUCAGGAGCUCAACAAGCUUUGAGAAGGACAAUGGAAAUAUAUUCUAAUUCUACACGUUUUGGGCUAGCUUGCAACACUUCAUCAAAGAUUAUUGAGCCUAUUCAGAGUCGAUGUGCUCUUGUUCGAUUUUCUAGAUUAUCUGAUCAAGAGAUCCUUGGACGUCUCAUGGUGGUGGUUGCAGCAGAAAAGGUACCUUAUGUCCCAGAAGGUCUUGAAGCAAUUAUUUUCACUGCUGAUGGUGAUAUGAGGCAAGCAUUGAACAACUUGCAAGCCACAAAUAGUGGAUUUGGGUUUGUUAAUCAAGAAAAUGUUUUCAAGGUUUGUGAUCAACCCCAUCCCUUGCAUGUCAAAAAUAUGGUACGCCAAGUUAUUGAUGGGAAAUUUGACGAUGCUUGUGCUGGAUUGAAGCAGCUCUAUGAUUUGGGCUACUCACCAACUGAUAUCAUUACCACUCUAUUCCGAAUCAUAAAGAACUAUGAUAUGCCUGAGUAUCUGAAGUUGGAAUUUAUGAAGGAGACAGGAUUUGCUCAUAUGAGGAUCUGUGAUGGAGUUGGUUCAUAUCUUCAAAUGUCUGGUUUGCUUGCAAAGCUUGCACUGGCCCGCGAAACAGCCAAAGCAGCUUAGUUAGUUGCUAGUUGGGUGCGCGUCAUCCUUCCCCAAUUGAAUUCUUACCAAUUUCUGUGUCAUUGUAGAUUCUGAGAUGCCUGUUUAUCGAAACACAUGUGUAUUGUCUCCUUGUGCAAGUUCGCGCACAAUGCCAAUGCCAAUGCCUUUUUGCUGAAGUAAAAUGUUUACCUUGUACUCUUGUAGCGAUGGGGAGGAGAGUCGUAUGGUCGCUGGAAAUAUGUUUUGAGAUGAUUAGGAUAUUUUCCCAUAUUGGAGCUUUAAUUUGUGGUAUUCAUAAUUGUUCUGCUCUUACUUUUUAUUCCUAGGAUUACAAUUUAUAUAUGCAUAUGAAUGGAGUAGUAAUUGGAGUGGAGGUUGAUAUCUUAUUGUUUAAUGAUUUUGGAUUCUAUUUUGGAAAUUUGCUGUGCAAUGUUACUUGUAUCUAACUUUGUUUU